AGGCCGCCGCCGUGCAGCUGGGGCUCCAGCUGACGAACACGACGCCGCGGGACGACGGGCAGAGCGGCGCAAAGACCGACCCUCCGGGCUGCUACCUGGAGGGCGGGACGCUGAAGAUCAACUCCAGGGGAGGCAACACGGGCAGUUGCGAUGCGACCGACCAGUGUUUGUGUUUCAUGCCAACGACGCCUGCGCCGACGCCUGGCCCCUGCCCGGGCUCCUGCUACGGGCAGACCUGCGACGACAUCGUCACGUCGAUGAGAGAUUCGGCCGCCUACGGGUGCUGGGCCUUGGAGGGCGCCCCCUACUUCUGCGACUGCUCUGGCUGCAGCUGCGUCGAGUACUGCUCCGCCCAUUCCGCGUGCUCUGAGGGCUCUUUCUGCCAGCUGGAUGGAACAUGUGCCACUUGCGACGAGUGUGAGUACUGCUUCGAAGGCAUCGAUGGAACAUGUGGCUUGUGCGGCAACACCACGAGAAACCAGAGCUGUCAGGUGGACUGCGAGGACACAGCGGGGUCUGCUACCUUCAACGCGGGCGAGGGGCUCGGCGAGGUAGGAUGUAACGCCUACAGCGAGUUCCCAGAGUACUGCUUGCUUUCCGCCGCCGUCUACGACGACGAGGACUUCACGGCCAGUGUGCACUGCUGCUCCUGUGGCGGGGGGAGCAACCCACGCACAGAAGCCGUUUGGUCUGCCUUGGGCACAGGUGUUUGUCGCAAUCACGACUCCGACUGGCAGCUUUCGGACGAGCUCGGCCCUAGCUGGGGUCUGCAGCGUGGCCUCGGCUGGCGCAUGUGCGACGGCCGGACCGACGUGGAGUGCCAGCAGGUCUGCGCGCAGAUCCCAGGCUGCAGCAUGAUAUCGAACGGCUUCUGCUGCUUUCUGUUCAAGGGCUCUACAUGUGACCUCGAUGCCAGCGAUGCCAGCUACCAGUCUUUCGCGACGGGGGUGGUUGGCAGCGAGCUGUGCGUGGAUGGCUGCAAUGGGAGGACGACCUGCAGGUGCGGCACGUCCGCGAAGCUGUGCACCAUGCACGGGCUGGUGUGGUGCAGCAGUGCUUCCGCUGUCGCCGCGUGCGAGCUCCCCGUCACGGGCCCGUGCAGCGCCUGCGAGGGGGGAUGCUCGCUCGGCGGGCUCUGCAACUGCUCGAUGGGCCCGUCGGACUGCGAGGCCGCCGGCGGCGUGAUGUGCGAUGGCCCCGACGAGUGCAGCGUGUGCCCGCGUGAGGGUAUCGACCCCGCCGCCGUCGCGCGCGAGGCCGACGCGGCAGCGGCCGCGCUCACGUGCGGGGACCUGCGGCGGGCUGCGGAGGCGCACGCGUUGCCCCUGGCCUGCUCCCAGAUCCGCACGCUCUACGCGGACCCCUGCUGCACGCCGCACACCGCGGCGCUGAGCAUCCGAGUCGACAGCGGGGGCCUCACGGCGAUGGUCUCCAACGGCAGUGCCAAGUCCACGUUCGAGAGCGGGGUCGAGACGACAAUCCUCUCGGGGGGGGGCGCCCGGGCUGGCAGCCGCGUCUGGGUGGACAGCUACGCCUACUGCGGGGCACUCGGCCUCGUCACCGUGCUGCUGGCGGCCUCGGGCGGGGACGACCUCCAGGGGGAGCGGGCCCGGCUGAACAGCUCCCUGGAGGCCGUCACCACCGGUAUGGUCUCGAUGGCUCGCACCGUCCUGGAGUCUGGCCAGCUGCGCGGGGUGGCGCUGACUCCGACCGACAACCACUUCGACAUGGAGGUGCAGUGCGAGCACUUCGCCAGCAUCCUCCUGAGCUGCAACGCCACCCAGGCGUCGGCCUCCUUCGUCCAGGGCCUCCGCGACGAGUAUGACGCGGGCUUCCUCCGGGCCUGUGCGGCGUGCGGGAGCCAGCGCUUCCACGACGCGGGCUGCGUCGGGGACGAGAGUUACCCCUGGCCCUCGAGGAGGAAGAAAACAGCACAAGCACAAAAACCCAAACAUCGGGCGUCUCGAAAAACUCGGGACGGAGGCUCUUCGUCGUCUUCGGCCUCUCGGGGCCCCCUCGCCGGGCCUCGGGACCGUCAAGAAACGAUUCCGGGAUGCAAAACCGGUCCAGAGGAAGUGGUCGGGAGGUCGGGGGCACGUGCGUCUCGAGAAAAUCGAGACGUCGGAUGUCUGUGAAUGUUCGGAGUUCCGCGCGGAUUUCGGGGACCGGCGCUGCCCCCGCCCCCCUCCCUGGCGCGCGGAGCGCGCCAAAGGGCCGCGACGGAGGAGCUGCCAGGGGGCUCCAGCGUUGAGUCGGGCGUGUCCCUCUACAGGAG